AUGCAUUGGUAUCUUGCCUUUUUUGGCUUCAUUCUCGCCCUGCAUUCCCUCCCCUUCUUCCCCCUUUCCCCUGUUGCCACGUAUCCCCAGCUGCCGGUGACACGCGUGGUCUUUCCGCCCUCCCUCACGCCCAAGCAACGCGCCGCACUGCAUGGUGAGGGAUGCACGGUGAGAGAUGUUGAUGACCGCCGGGACAUGCCGGGCGGCUCGCAACGGCAGUUAGUGCUGUGGCGGGAAGGUGGAGAGUCUGAGGGGGAAGGCAGGACGCUGCAUGUAGGAGCGGAUGAUGGGUGGCAACAGGAGCAGCAGCAGCCAAUGGGAGCGCGCCAGCUGGGAGACGCUCUGAAGCAGCAUUUGGGAUGGGAUGUGCCUGCUGACGCUCUUGGGGGGGACGACAGGGGCGGAAGCGGCACUGAGGGCAAGGGGGUGGGGGGAAGAGGAGGCGGAAAAAGGGGAUCAGGAGAAGGAGGGGGAAGGGGGGGUGCAGGCAUGGGGUAUGGGGCGGCGGGGGUGGGGAGGGUGCGUGGGGGCGUGGCGGCAGACGUGAGUGACUGCAGCGACGUGUACGAGUUCGUCAAGCGGAUGCGGCCUCUGCUGGACCUCGAAAAGUUUUAUUCGGAAGAAGAGGCCGGUAUGAAGGGACGUCACUCUAAGAAUUCAUCUCGCGGAGGGGGUUCGUCUGGCCGCCCGGGUUUUUCUGCUGAGAAGCAGUAUCGCGUUGCAGGUUCUACGUUCCCUCCCUUGCCACUGGUCCGCGAUGAUCGUUUCAUUGAGAAGCAACCAGAAAUUCUUCCCGCUGCUGGCUCGUCGGGUCGUUCGUGCGCGUUCGCGACGGAAGCUACUGCUGACGUUACUCCAAUCCCUGAGCCGUUCAAGGGAUGGUCGCUGUCUGCAGUUAAGGGCUUUCGAGACGACUACAAGUCAUAUCUGAAGGCGAAGGCGAAAUUGAAAAAGAUGAAGGAGCUCAACGACAAGGGCGAGAUACUUCACAGUAUCCGCACGAAGGCGGUGGAGUUCCAGACAAAGUACGCCACCAUCAAGGAGAAAUCUGCAGAGCUCGUCGCAGCAACGCAUCUGGAGAACCAGAAACGUCUCCAGGCGGAUUUCAUUUCGUCUAAAGAAGCGGAGGUCGAGGAAAUUCUGGCAGCGAGCAACUCGCAUGUCACGGUUUUGGCAACAAAGCUCGAGGAGUACAUACUAAGCCUUUCCGCCGACCCAGAGCUGGUGGUGUCUGACGCCGCCAAGGAGCGAUUUCGUCGCUUGAAGGGACGCUGCAUCGAAAAGGUUAACUCUGAGAUUGCUGCUGCUAAGGAUGAGAUCGUCAUCCGAGAACUGGAUCGACAGCGAAAGCAGGCCGCUGAGGACUUGAAGAAAGCCGCUGCCGCGGAGGAACUGAAGGAGAUGGAUACAGAGCUGUCGAUGGAGGAGAUCCUGAAGAACCACACUAAGAAGAUGGCGGAUCAGCUUCGCAGGGAGAUCACAGCGAGUGUUGAAGCCAAGCUAUCGAAGAAGUUCAAGAAGGAGCUCUCUCUGGGUGAACAGGAACCUACGACAGCCUCCAACGCGGACUCCAAGGCUAAGAAGGAGAAGAACGAUGCGCCUUCGAAGCCGAGAAGGAAGCGCGGAGCUAAGAAGCCGAAAACGCAGAACUCCAACGGUGACGACGGGCAGCAGGGGAAAGGCGCCAACAACAACGACAAAUCCAGCGCCAAGGGUCCAAAAAACGGCGGAGGCGGCCCCGGAAAAGGGCCGCGCAACAAACCGAGGCGUGUUCGGAACAUCUCGUUCGGCGUCGCCCAGGCUCUGCGUUCCAUUGCAGCCGACCGCAGCGUGGUGAUUAAACCGGCGGAUAAGAACUUGGGGGUGACGGUGUUAGACAGGGAGCACUACGUCAGGCUGUGUCUGGAUCAUCUCGACGACCGGAGCACCUACGAACCAGUCUUCUCCAAUCCCACAGAUUCUGUCUUCCAGCAACUGCGCACACUUCAGGUGGCAUGGGGCCCUGCUCUUCCAGAUAGUCUAUGGAGCGACUUUCUGCAGAGGGAGAACUCGUGUCAGGCCUUCCCGGUCAUGGCCCUGCUGGAGUGGGUCAUGUUGAAUUCCUACGUGGAGUUCAAUGGCAACGUCUACCGCCAGAUUCAAGGGACCGCCAUGGGAACUCCCGUGGCGGUCUGCUUUGCGGUACUUUUCAUGAGCCGACUGGACGAGGUGCUGAAGCAGAGGUGGACCGGGACGCAGCCGCUUCGACACGUGAGAUACAUCGACGAUGGGUUCAUUGUCUGGCCUGGAACCAGAGAUGAGCUGGAACGGUACUUCAACACGUUCAACAGCCUCGACCCGAAUAUCAAGCUUACGUGGCAUGUCUCGGGGCAGUCAGUGGAUUUCCUCGACAUGGUCCUCUACAAGGGGGACCGGUUCGCUGCCUGCGUUCACACCAUUCCUCCCCAUUCCAACCCUUCUCCCCUCUGCCUUUACCCCCCACACCCACAGGAUGCAGAGGUGGCACUAGCAGAAGAGGCAGCAUCACUAGCGUCAGCGCAGGCCAAGGGGCGAGUGCUGUGCCACCUGCACUGCUCUCACUCCCUCCUACACCCUUCCUCCUCUCCUCCCCUUCUCCCCUCCCCCUGUGCACACCCACAGGACGCGGAAGUGGCACUAGCAGAAGAGGCAGCAUCAACCCGCUCACUGGCGUCAGCGCAGGCCAAGGGGCGAGUGCUGUGCCACCUGCACUGCUCUCACUCCCUCCUACACCCUUCCUCCUCUCCUCCCCUUCUCCCCUCCCCCUGUGCACACCCACAGGACGCGGAGGUGGCUUUAGCAGAAGAGGCAGCAUCAACCCGCUCACUAGCGUCAGCGCAGGCCAAGGGGCGAGUGCUGUGCCACCUGCGCUGCACGGAGGCCACAUCAGGCCUCAUGGGCAAGACCCUCCUCACCCUCGUCUCCAACAAGACUGGAAAAGGUGCAAGCAAAGGCGCCACAGCAGACGCCGGACCUGCAGGUUCGGGUUCGCGAGCGUCUGGUCCGGUGCUGCCGCCGCACAAGUUCACUCCGCACGACGUGGUGGCGAUACGGGCGAACAAGGCGGAGGGCGCGCAGGCGGCGAUAGCGCAGGGGGUGGUGUACCGCGUGAGGGAGGAUGCGGUGGUGGUGGCCGUGGAUGACGUGCCCGAUGGGGACGGGCUGGACGCUCCUGUGCGGAUAGAGAAGCUGGCCAAUGAUGUCACGUACAAGCGCAUGCGCGAUACACUAGGGGCGCUGAGUCGGACGGGGGAUGUGGGUGUGAGCACGGUUGGGAGGCCCGGGGCGGCGCUUAUCCCGGUUCUCUUCGGCCAGUCAGAGCCUCGCCUCGCCAAGGCCCCGCCGCCCUUCACACCCUUCAACCGCGCUCUGGACGAGUCACAGAAGGCAGCUGUUGCUAAGAGCCUGUCUGCGCACCACGUGGCGCUCAUUCACGGGCCGCCGGGCACCGGCAAAACGACCACUGUGGUGGAGGUGGUGGUGCAGGAGGUGAAGCGGGGCAGCAAGGUGCUGGUGUGUGCGGCGUCCAACAUCGCUGUGGACAACCUUGUGGAGAGACUCGUGCCGCACAAGCAGGUGCGGGCAGUGAGAGUGGGGCAUCCCGCUCGCCUGCUGCCAUCCAUCCUCAACUCCUCCCUUGAUGCCCUGGUGCAGCAGUCGGACAACAGUGCGCUGGCCAAGGACGUGCGCAAGGAGAUGCAGCAGCUAUCAGGGAAGCUGCUAAAAACGAGGAUAAGACGGGAGAGGGGCGAGAUCCAGAGGGACCUGCGGCGGCUGGGCAAGGAGGAGAGGCAGCGGCAGCAGCGCGCAGUGGAGGACGUGCUAAAGGACUCCAACGUUGUGCUCACCACUCUCACUGGCUGUUUGUCACGGCACCUUGAGCCCCUGACAUUCGACCUGGUGGUGAUAGACGAGGCAGCACAGGCUCUGGAGGUGUCCUGCUGGGCAGCGGUGCUCAAAGCCCCACGCUGCAUCCUGUCAGGGGACCACCUGCAGCUGCCGCCCACCGUGCAGUGCGACGAGGCUCAGAAGCGCGGCCUCGGGGUCACUCUCUUCGAGCGCCUGCACCGCCUCUACGGGGACCGCAUCACAUCCAUGCUCACCGUUCAGUACCGCAUGCACAAGGACAUCAUGUGCUGGGCGUCUGACGAGCUGUACCAGUCGCUGCUGUCCGCGCAUGCCUCGGUGGCCAGCCACGGGCUUCCGGACCUGCCGGGGGUGGUUUCUGGGCCUGUCACGGAGGCUCGGCUGGUGCUUGUGGAUACGACGGGGUGUGAUGAUGUGGAGGAGCAAAGGGAGGAGGAGGGGGAGAGUUUGCGGAAUGAGGGGGAAGCGAGGGUGGUGGUGGCACAUGUGAGGCGGUUGCUGGAGGCUGGGGUGGAUGCGGGGGACAUAGGGAUUGUCACGCCGUACAGUGCACAGGUGGGCUUACUCAAGUCAUUCAGAGAGGACUCUCGGCAGCUGGCUCGCGUGGAGAUCAGCACUGUUGAUGGGUUUCAGGGGAGGGAGAAGGAGGCCAUUAUCAUCUCCAUGGUCCGCUCCAAUGACACUGGAGAGGACAGUCGGUAUUUCUUGCAUCCUAUACUCCGUGGGAUGCUGGUAAUUACAGCAUGGAAUUCCGUGUCGAUGGCUCCAAUCUGA